AUGCCAAAUGGAUUCAAGGAAAAGUACCCAACGACAAGGGUCAUCAUUGGUGCGACUGAGCUCAGGUGUGAGGUGGCAAGCUCGUUUGUAACCCAAUCAGGAACAUACUCCAGUUACAAGUCUGCAAAUACAUUCAAAGGACUGGUUGGUUUUGCACCCAAUGGUCUCCUGACCUUGGUGUCCGAGCUGUUCAUGGGGUCACUGUCCGACAGAGAAUGCGUUGUGCGAAGUGGGUUUUUGGAGAUGCCUUUCGAUGCAUAUGACUCAGUAAUGGCCGAUAAGGGAUUCCGCAUUGCAGAUCUACUACAAGCCAAAAAUGUGUCCUUGAAUAUUCCACCGUUCCUGACAAAAGGUCCGUUUUCUGCUGAAGAAAACCAGGAAACACAGGAGAUCGCUGCUCUUCGUAUCCAUGCUGAGAGGAGGAUUCAAAGAAUUAAGACCUAUCACAUUUUUGACCGGUACAUUCCCAUAUCCUUGGCUCCUGUAGCAAACCAGAUUUGGACGGUUUGUGCAAUUCUGAGUAAUAUCCAGCCGGCAAUCAUUAAGGCGGUUGAGUGA